AUGUUGUAUCUCAAGCUCACCACGCUCCUCGCAAUCCUCCCUCUCUUCGCGUCUGGUGUUCCGACCACUGGACCGCAUAUGAAGCGAGCGGAGUGUGCAAGUUGUGAAGAUGUCGCCCACGGCUUCGCAUCCCUAAACGGCGGUACUUACGGUGGUAAAGGUGGUAAAGUAGUAACAGUUACCACGCAUGCCGACCUGAAAAAGUAUGCUGGUGCAACCGAACCACUUAUCAUCCGUAUUGACGGAACUAUCAUCGCAGAGCCCAAAGGCUAUGAAGUUCCUGUUAAGAGUUUUAAGACCAUCAUAGGUGUUGGCGAAAAGGGACAUCUAGUCGGUGGCGGGUUUAAUAUCAAUAACCAGAAGAAUGUUAUCAUUCGAAACCUGGAAAUCAGUGAUAGCUAUGAGCCAACCGACUAUAAUGGUAAAGGCGGAGAUUGGGAUGGUAUCCAGGUCGACACCAGCGUCAACAUCUGGAUCGAUCAUGUUAAACUUGCCCGGAUGAGAGAUGGUCUCAUUGAUCUUCGAAAAGACACCAACUACGUUACUGUCUCGAAUUGUCUUCUUUCAGAGCACAAUAAAGCGUUUGGUAUCGGAUGGACAGAGAAUGUUGUCGCCCAAAUGACGAUCAAUGAUAACUUCUUCAACUCCACUAACCAACGUGGUCCCUCCGCCGACAAUCUCAAAUAUUGCCACAUGUAUAACAACUAUUUCCUAAAUGUCACCUCGUAUGGCAACUACGCCCGUGGCAAAACUGCCCUGCUUGUCGAAAACUCGUAUUUCGAAAGAGUCAAUGAUCCCGUCGUCGCUGGUCCUAACGCCUCGAUAAAGAGCAAUUGGUUGAAAUUCAAGGAUUGCACUGGAGAUAUCCACCUGAAUGUGAAUGCGCACAAGGUGUUCAAAGCUUCAAAAUUUUAUGAGUACUCGUUGAAAGAUCCUUAUGAUCUGCCAACCACAAUCCCACCGUUUGUUGGACCGAGGCCGGAAAUCGGUGUCUGA